CGCGCAUCUCCACAGAGAGAGAAGAAAGCAUCCGCAGAGCUCGAGACGCUCGAGAGCGACCCUGGAAUCACGCCAUGAGCUCGCAUAGCGUGUAAUGUCGGUGAUGUUUUUGGUAGGAACCUGCCGUCGGCUGCUGUGACGUUGCGUGAGGAGCAUUACCAGCACCAUGAAGCUGCUGUUUGUGGUGACACUCUUAUGGCGCGAGGCGUUGUGCGGAUCUCCGAGCGUCCAGAUCGGUGGUUUAUUCCCCAGAGGUGCAGAUCAGGAGUAUAGUGCAUUCCGAGUUGGCAUGGUUCAGUUUGGGAUGGCAGACUUCAGACUGACUCCACAUAUAGAUAACUUGGAGGUGGCCAACAGCUUUGCUGUCACUAAUUGCUUUUGUUCCCAGUUCUCUCGGGGUGUGUAUGCCAUAUUUGGCUUCUACGACAAGAAGUCCGUAAACACCAUCACAUCCUUCUGUGAGACACUCCAUGUCUCCUUCAUCACACCAUCUUUCCCAGCAGAAGGAAUGAAUCAGUUUGUUCUCCAGAUGAGGCCAGACAUCAAGGGGCCACUGGUUUCAUUAGUGGAGUACUACAAAUGGGAGAAAUUUGCCUAUCUAUACGACAGUGACAGAGGUCUUUCUACUCUACAGGUUAUACUGGACACAGCAGCCGAGAAAAAAUGGGUUGUUACAGCAAUAAAUGUCGGAAACCUAAAAGAUGAAAGGAAAGACGAAGCCUACCGCUCCCUGUUUCAGGACCUUGAGAUCCGUAAAGAGCGACGCAUCAUCCUGGACUGUGAACAAGACAAAGUCAAAGACAUCAUGGAACAGGUUAUCACCAUAGGCAGACACGUAAAGGGAUAUCACUACAUCAUCGCCAACCUCGGUUUUGUAGAUGGUGACCUCUCUAAAAUCCAGUAUGGUGGAGCGAAUGUGUCUGGGUUUCAGAUAGUAGAUUUUGAUGAUCCUGUUGUGGCAAAGUUUGACCAACGAUGGGAGGCUCUGGAAGAGAAGGAAUAUCCUGGAGCUGAUACACGCAUCAGAUAUACCUCAGCCCUUACAUUUGAUGCUGUCCAUGUGAUGACUGAGGCGUUUCGCUUCCUCCAUAAGCAGAGAAUAGACAUGAGUCGUCGUGGCAACAAUGGGGACUGUCUGGCCAAUCCCGCAGUGCCCUGGGCACAAGGGGUGGAGAUUGAGCGUGCCCUAAAACAGGUGCGAGUGGAUGGGUUGACAGGGAACAUUCAAUUUGACCAGUAUGGGAAGAGAAUCAACUACUCAGUAACAGUAAUGGAGCUAAAGAACAACGGGCCAGUAAAGAUUGGCUACUGGAAUGAGGUGGAUAAGAUGGUGGUGACAAAGUCAGACCUUUACCCCAAUGAUACCAUGGGGAUGGAAAACAAGACUGUCAUUGUUACAACUAUACUGGAAGCCCCCUACGUGAUGUUGAAGAAAAAUGCUGAGUUGUUUCAAGACAAUGACCGUUAUGAAGGUAUGUAUUUAUACUGCAUUGUGCAUGUGCAUGUAGGUGUGUGUGAGUGUGUGUGUGUGUGUCUGACUGGAGAGAUCGCACCAUCACACAGUUUCACUCUGGGUUUGUCUUUCCAACAGAAAGCAGACAUUGCUGUUGCUCCCCUGACGAUCACUUUGGUUCGUGAAGAGGUGAUAGAUUUCUCCAAACCCUUCAUGUCUUUGGGGAUCUCCAUCAUGAUCAAAAAGCCACAGAAAUCCAAACCAGGAGUCUUCUCCUUUCUGGACCCACUGGCCUAUGAAAUCUGGAUGUGCAUUGUCUUUGCCUAUAUAGGAGUUAGUGUUGUACUCUUUCUGGUAUCCAGAUUCAGCCCCUACGAGUGGACACUAGAGGAGCCAGAGGAUGGAGCAUUGCCAUUAACAACUGAAUCCACCAAUGAGUUUGGGAUCUUUAACUCCCUUUGGUUCUCUUUGGGGGCUUUCAUGCGGCAAGGUUGUGACAUCUCACCAAGGUCUCUGUCAGGUCGUAUAGUAGGCGGUGUGUGGUGGUUUUUCACUCUGAUCAUCAUCUCAUCAUACACGGCCAACCUGGCUGCCUUUCUGACUGUGGAGAGGAUGGUUUCUCCCAUUGAGAGUGCUGAAGACCUGGCUAAACAGACAGAGAUAGCAUAUGGAACCCUGGACUCUGGAUCCACUAAGGAGUUCUUCAGGCGUUCAAAAAUCGCCUUGUUUGACAAGAUGUGGCAGUACAUGAAAUCAGCAGAACCGUCGGUCUUUGUCAAGAAAACAUCAGAAGGUGUUCUCCGUGUGAGGAAGUCCAAAGGGAAGUAUGCUUACCUGCUGGAGUCCACCAUGAAUGAAUACAUUGAGCAGAGGAAGCCCUGCGACACCAUGAAAGUGGGAGGAAACCUGGACUCCAAAGGCUACGGCAUCGCUACACCCAAAGGAUCCCCAUUAAGAGUGCCAGUAAACCUUGCCGUAUUGAAACUGAAUGAGCAAGGGACCCUAGACAAGAUGAAAAACAAGUGGUGGUACGAUAAAGGAGAAUGUGGCUUCAAGGACUCCACCAAUAAGGAGAAGACCAGUGCUCUGUCUCUUAGUAACGUAGCAGGUGUCUUCUACAUCCUGGUUGGAGGUCUGGGUCUAGCCAUGAUGGUAGCACUGGUAGAGUUCUGCUACAAGAGCCGUGCUGAAGCCAAAAAAAUGAAGGUUGCAGCCAACACCUUGUCGUCCCCCCAGCACACAGGAAACUACACACACACUCUGUCUUCUCCUCAACAUGCCCCCAACUUCAACCUGCUGUCCCCAAGCCACCAGCCAAACUACGCCACCUAUAAAGAAGGCUACAACGUUUACGGCAUUGAGAGCGUCAAGAUCUAACACGGAUGAAAUUCACAGAUGCAAUGCGCUCCAAAGCUCGUCUAUCCAUCACAGGAUCGACCAGUGAGAAUGGUCGUGUCCCGGUGGCUUACCUCCGUCCAGGAUUACCCAUGAGCCUCAGCAUGACUGACCUCUCCUGACCACACCCGAGUCAGUGCCUUACAGCCAGUCAAGACAUAUAUUCCUUCCCCUCUGAAAGAUUAUGGAAAUGCUUGUCAUCUCCUUCUGAGACAAAUUACCACUCACCAAAGCUGAUCUGCCCUGAUUUUCAAUCUGGAGUUUAGCCAAUCAUAACUCUCUGAGGACUCUUGAUCUCGCUCUUUAACAUAUAGCCUAGAAAGACUGGACAGAUGUUGUCCUCCCACCACUUGGCUGUCAGGCGUCAGCAAAGACCUGCCCACCUAUGGAGGAAAUCACUUGACCAUCAGCGAGUGAUGGCUGGUAUAUGUACAAUUUCAUGAAAAACAAGCACAGGGGACAGUUUUCUAAACAAACGUGCAUCAUUGCUAAGUACUUUUUUUUUUCCAUGGAGACUAAUCUUGUAUAGACAAUUAGGACAAAAGUGAUGCUGACAUUAACGCAAUAACAGCAUUAAUCAGGGAUGUGAUCAGGAAUCAUAGGCAUAAAAGCAGAAUCUCAACUAAAAUGAGUGCAAGUGCUAUGAAUAUAAACUAAUGUCCUGAAAAUCACGUCCAUGAAUUAUAGUAAUUGAUAUAGCAGAUAAUAUAAUGAUGUUAUUAUUCCUAAUUGUUUUCCUUAAUUCUGCCUGAAAAUCCCUUAUUAGUAGUCUUUUAGACCUGAGAAAUGCAUGGACUGACACACACACACACUAUCAGAACACAUGCGCCUUACACAGGGAUUGGCUAAAAACAAGAGUAUGUAUAUUGUCAACAAUUCUUUUGGGCAGUGCAUCCACAACUUGUGAGCAUUACCUCAUCCUUGCAUCAGUGUCAAGGCUCUGGAAUCAAAUUGUUAAGCUAAGUAUCAAUUUCGGAUCUGGAACAUGAGGAAUAUGAGAGUGGAGAGCACAAACAUCUACAGCUACAGCAGAACAUCUUUGUUUGGUAAAUAUUACCUGCUUAUUGUAUUACAUAACUGUAGAUUUAGUUAGUCUUUCUAUUACAAUCCUCAUUUUUUGCUAUAUCUACUAUUGUUAAUAGUUGUACAUGUGAGAAAUGCACUACCAUGUUGGCUGAAGUGAAAAAUGUGCUGUCGGGAAAUACAAAAGCAAAUUUUGCUUAUAAAGUGUUAUUCUGCUGUUGCCAAACGACUGUACAGUAAACCUGCACUGUCGUGCUGGAGUAUAUUACAUGCUUAUAAUACUACUUGUAGGCUGUUUUGGGAGAAAGAGCUGUGCUUGAAGCGGAUGACUGUAUAAAGAAAUCUGUGACAAGCUGAAAAAACAUGGGACCUUGUAUUCAGAUCAGAUGCCUGAGCUUUUGUCUCAAUGAGAUUCCUUUUAUGUGUUUACC